AUGGUGUCUCUUGCUGAGCUCAGUGGGAAGCUUGGCCAAUUUAUUGGCCAAAGUGAAGCUGUUACCAAAGCAAUUAAAAAUGGCAUUGACAGCAUUAUUGACAGUGAUGAAGACUUCAAAAGCCUUAGAAACUCUCCGUCUUCGCCUGUGCAGUCUGCCACUUCCGUGUCUGCUGAGCUUAUAGAUGAUGAGAAGCUUGAGCAGAAAAUUAAGCAUUAUGAAGCAGAAAUUGCGUCUCUUAAACCUAAAAUAGAAGAACUUAAAAACAAAAAAAUGUCUGUCCCCGAUGACCUUAAUAAGUCUCAUGAGUCUCAUCAGUCCAAGUUGGCGUCUCUUCAGAAGCUGAAGAGCCUUAAUGAGUCAUUUGAAUCUCUUAAAAGUCCACAAGAUAAACCUUGUGAAACAUUGUUAAAUAACCUGUGCUCUGGCUUGGAGAAGUUCCUUGGUUACCAAGAAACUUCCAAAGGCUACACUGGCGAUGGCAUCGUGUACUCGGACCUUGACAGGCUCUGCGACGGGGUGAUGGCUUUCCUUCAUGGUGUUUUAAAUGAAGUGAAGGAGGAUGAGAGCGUUACAACGUACAAUAAUUAUAUCUCUGGAGAUGAUAAUAAGCUUAAUAAAGUUCUUGAGAAAUUAAAUGAUAGUGUAGGUAAAGGCCGUAAGGCCUUCCAGGCCGCCGUGUCUGAGGUGGACCAAAAAAUCAAGAAUGUUACAAGACCAUUAGGUGCAAUUGGAACAUGGAGAGAUCAAGAGUACGACGCAGUAUCAGAGAAGUUGGCGGACUGGACUGACUCAGUCCAACAGCUGCCGACUCUGCCAAACUCAUCCUUUAGCGCACUUAGCCACGUAGAUGACAAACUUAGAAACAAGUUAGAGCAACACGUCAACUUAAUUCUUGAUCACAGCGACUUGGUGGCGGUGGCUGCUAAGGUUGAGAGUCAGCUUAAGACUAUGGAAAAUGAUAUCAAUCAUGAAGUUGCAGUGCAGCUUAAUGAUCUUCAACAAAAAAUGAUUGCAGCUAUUGCCCAUCUUAAAAAGCAGGUUAGAGAUGUCGCUAAUAAGCACAGAGAGAAGUGUAUUAGCGAGUUACGGGCAUCAUUCAACAAGAACAUUUACUGGCCUAUCGAAAGGGUUGCAUAUGCUUUGACACAGGUUUAUACUAGCUUGGUAAUAUGGAUUUCGGAAGUUGAUGGUGUACUUAAAACGGCCAUUGAGCAGGGCAACGAUGUGUAUAAAAACCUAGAAUGCAAUGGUAAAGGUACGACGCUCGGUGAGAAAUGUUCUGCAAUUUGCGGAGCCAAGGACACUAUUGAGGGGGUUAAUACGGCGCUAAGCAGAAUUGACGGAGAACUGGGAGGAUGGAUCACAGUGGCUGAGAAUAGUGUUACUCAAGCUUUGUUGAAAGUGGAAAGUAUUCUAAAAGAAGUUGCAGAAAAUGGCUCGGUCAAGAAUCAAGUCAAUCAGGCAGUUAGCCGUUUAAAAGAACGGACUGAACAGAGUUGUACGCUAUUCAAACAAAAACAGCUCGAAGCUAUAGGUCACCAGGCUAAACAUGCCUUAGGUACUCUCGAAACCGAGGUAUCCAAAUUAUUGGAUGAGAAUUAUGAGGUGGUCGAGCAGUAUUUUUUGUCAACAACUAAUGGUCAACCAGCUGGUGUUAAUAUGCAGGUAAACAUACAUAGUCUCCCACAUUUUAUCGACCCGUUGAUACAGGUUGGGCAGACUGUUCAAACUUCUGGAAUACAGAUGUCUGCUCAAAUGGGUAGAGCAGGUGUAACGCUACAUGCUAAUCCGCUUUCACAUAGCAGUUCCCUUAGUCGAUCAAUUAAUCAGUUACAACAGUUGCAUUCACAAGCUCAUCAAUUUAAACGCCAACUUAGUGUGACUAAUCGUGGCCAGCGUCCAUCAACACUCAGGAGUUAUGUGUCUGCCAUUAAGGCAGCCUUGAGUGACUUAGUGACUGCCCUAAAGAACGAAAUCCAAAGAGGUGUCCAGCAAGCUGACAAACUUGAUGUCAAUGCCGAUUUCAAUACACACACCAGUCAAUUUACAAACGCAAUGCAGGCAGCUUCACUGUUGGCCGGACAACUUGAGUCGCUGAAGGGUCAAUCUGGUCGCAGUAGUAUCGUCGGUAUUUCUGAUAUUUCUCGUGAACUUGGCGGUUUAAUGGGUACUAUUACGAGCAUUGGUAGUGAUUUUUCUAAUGUUAAAAGAUCUAUCGACAGCUUGGCAGAAGGCAUAACUUCUCCUUUCAACAGCCUUCUCGCAGCUGUUGACAGAGAUGGAAAAGAAGCUCGUAGUGGAUUAAAAAAUAAGGUGCAAGGAGAAUAUUUCGAGAAGUCUGAUGAUUACAAAACAAAUGCCAAAGAGAGCAUUAAUAAAAUUAAGCAUGAACUUUCCACCGAAAACGGCAAGUUGCCCAAGCAAACUCAACCCAUCCAUGAAGCCGUCGCCGCCAUGAAGUCUAAACUUCAAGAACUUAGAACACAGCUAAAUGACCAUGUCACCACCAAGUUGGCGACCUUGCAAAAACAGGGUCUUGCGGAUGGUGACCAAACUUGGAACGAUACAGUGGGCCUGCAGAGAAUUCUACAGGAAAUUAAAGGCAUCAUUGGUGAUGAGACUAAACAACAAAAUACCUUCACAAAAAUUCUCCACGACGCCUACACAUUCCACAAAGAAACAGUAAGAGACACUGUCGAUGCCUGCGUCUCCUCCAUAAUAUCCACCCUUGAAUUUCAAUGCGAUCACUUAAAAAAUCCUGUACUAGAAAACAUUGUCCAACGAUGCCAAUCCAACAUAAAACUAAUCGUCUCCGAGCAAACCAAAAUGGCGAAGACGCAAAUUAAAAAGGAAGCACUCCAGAAACUCGUAUCGACUAAGGCAAAGGAGUUUGGUGAGUUGACAGAACUAGUGACGCAACAAAAAUCGGCCAUUGAGCAGAUAAUAAAUGACGAUAAACGGAAAGGAAUCAAGGGUCUUUUAAAGUGGAUGAAAGGUGAUGCAGAUUAUAAGUUAGAAGAAAUUAGUAAAAUUGUGCCUGCGCAGCUUCAGCCAUCGGAGCAUUCCCAAAAGUUUAAAGACUUGUCCACUAGAAUACAACCGUACCUAGAUAAAUUGUUAGACUAUAUUCAGCUCCAAGUUAAGUUCGAAGGGGAUCAUAGAUCCCCUACCAAAGAGUCCCAGUUGGUGUCGAGUAUUAAGACUAGACUGGACAAAUUACUUGGUUACCUAAUAAAAAUUAAUAAUGUGGACAAGAAUAGAAAUUACAUAUUUGACCAUAAUUCUACUCGACACCUUACCGAAUUAAAUGACUCCAUCUCCGCCCUCUCCCCCUCCCACUUCCACGGCUUCCACAACCCGCUGCUGCUCGACGCCCUCAGGGCCGGGAUGGACAAAUUCACCGAGCAACUCUCCCGCGCGUACGUGAAUAAAUACAGUGGGAAAACGUUUGAUAAGCUGCUGGUAAAAGAGAAGAAUGCUGACGGUACUGACACAGAUAAAGAUGUCCUCUCCACCGAGGGCCGCAACUGCGCCAAGGUCUGCCUGACCAUACUGGAGAGGGUGUCUUAUGAUUUAAGCAAGUUGAGAAAAGAAUGCAAAAUUGGUGGUGGAUGGCGUGGAAAGAAAGUAUGCUUGACUGAAAUGUCGAGCAAAAAGAAUGUUGUGAAUUUACUUGGUGACUGGUUGAAGAAGCGUGGCUUCACCGUCCCAGAAGAUGAAAAGAAACAAAACGGUGAAUUGAAGUAUAAUGAGACAUUUAAAGGAGAGAAUAUUUAUACUCUCCUUGUUAAUGGUUCUGGCGACAAUCAUGUCUACAAGGAUGAUGACAAGACGAAAGACGAUGGCCCACUAAGGACACUCCGCCGCCACCUUGAGAGGUACUACAAAGUUUCUCACCACUACAUCUCUGCGAAGCCAAAGGCUCCGACCACCGUCAACCAGAUGCUUCAGUGGAUCUGCGGGUUACAGUAUAAUCAUAUAUAUGAUCCACUGUGCAAGUACCUAAAGCAAUUGUUCCCUAAGCCAAAGGGAGAUGAUAGAAAUUAUACUGACAUACCCAUCGAAAAACUGACACUGGAAGUUCAUCAGAACACGACACUUACACCUAAGAACCUUACAGACGCUCUUGAGACUCUGUGUUUCCACUCCGAGAAAAUGCUUAUUACCAUCAUGGGCCACGGCCACGCCGACGGUGUAUACGCCGUUGAGUUUUCCAACAACUCCCUAAAUUUGUUGUAUCCUAGUAGCGCAUCUUCAUGUCUUGACAUGCUUGUAGAUGUAUUGAAUAGAGUACUUUAUCAACUUAAUUUCAUAUACAAGAUGUGUCAUAAUGGCCCUCGUAGUAGCGGAUGGGAAGAAUGUUGGUACGGUCGUCACGUCGGCGGCUCUUCGUGGAAUUGUAACGAUAAGCAAUGUGCCAACCAAGAGUGUAACCUAAGACCUAACCAAAGCAGUAACCAAAUUGCUACCCAAACACCUACCCAAAACUGUGACCAACACCCUAAGUGCGGUGUAAAAUCGCCACUCCAAUCAUACUUGGAAGACGGUUUACAAGGCUUCUUGCCGCAUUCAUUCAAAACAGUUGGUUGUAAGUUGACGUGCACAAUGACCAACCACUUUGGUAAGCCCUGUCUUACUCCGAUGGGUUUCAAUAACAUUGGUGUAGAGGCGUCGCAUACCAAAACAGGAUCCCAUCUUUUUGGCGCACUUUACUAUUUUUGCGGCACCACGUAUCCUCUCACUAAGCUGUGUGGUAUGCUAAACUGUCUACUGCGAACACCGCCCAAAUCACUAGGUGACAUGUUAGCUUUCUACCAUACAUUCCUUGGAAAUUAUUCGAGACAAAAGCAUAAGCAAAUCGCAUUUGAUAAAGCCGUGAGAGAAGCCAACUUUGGGGAUGAGUCAACAAAGUUGGACGUUGUGUCAAUACAAGACAGCAAGAAUCAUUCCGAAAAACAUUCCCAAGGUGACCUAUUUGGCGUAAUUAGCUGCAACACCUCCAAGGUCUCCAAAAAUCCAGUACUCCCAUGUGGAUCAUACUUGCAGCCGAUUACAUUAAAUUCAGUAACCAUAUUCUCCGAAACGCGCGCUUCGAACUAUCUCUCGUGGGUAGUAUAUACGACAGAAACGUUCUUAUACCUAUUAAUAAAGUUACGUGAAGAGUGUUGUAAAAGCUGCGAUACUCCCGGUAGCAGAUGCUACGAAAAACGUUGUACAGAGAAAUGUCCGGUGAAAUACACUGAUGAAAAGGGAAAUCCUAGCACUACAUUAAAUAAUGAUAAGCAUACUACAGACUGCAAUUCCAUUGUAAAGUGCACGAAUAUGCAUCCAACGAUUUACAGGUAUGGCUUCACAUUUGAAAGCGCAUUUGACCUCAGUGGCAAAAAUGGCAUUGAGAAGCAACGCUCAUGCAAAGAUUUUUGUAUGGCAUUAGAGAGAGUAAUUGGCCAAAGAUGUGUCCUUGUUGAGCUAAUCCACAAAAUUGAUGACUUUGUCUGCACUAUCAGACAUCCCUUUAUGUGUACAUUGUUAACUCUCUGGUCGCUCUCUUUGCUCUACCUGCUGCACAUCCUCGUCGUCCGCCUCGACGUCCUCAGGAUACUCUCCCACCUGAGAUCACCCUCAAGCCACCGCAUCGCCGCGCAGUCCCUCCUCGCCGCCGUACGCGUCAAGGCACUCGCCAACGUCAAGUACUUCUCACCUUAA